AUGAACACCCUGAGCAAGCGGACUCUAGCCACGGUCGGCGACACUCCCGCGUCGACCAGUAGUCCCCAAUUUGAAGCAGUCGUUGUCGGCGCCGGUCCUGCGGGUGUCACAGCCGUAGGCAAUCUUCUCGAAAACCGCAUCGCCCCAAUCCUCUGGGUCGACGACGCCUUCGAUGGCGGUCGCGUGAGCAAAUACUACCGCGAAGUACCCUCCAACACGAAAGUAAAGCUCUUCGUCGACUUCGCGUUGGCGACGACUCCCUUCCGCAAGAUCGUGAGCAACCUGCCUUCACGGGACCGCUGGGCGGAACCGAGCGCGAGCGAUGGUGAAGCGCUCGAGCAGCGCCCAGAUCAACUCCAGUCGCUGCGGGACUUGAAUCAGGAGAGUGGCUGCCAGCUGGGCAAUGCGGCGGACAUGUGCGUCAUGCUCACGGAGGGCCUACGGAAAACUCCCGGUGUGGAAUCCAGCCAGGGCGUGGUGCAAGAAGCCCGCCUCGACGAGGAAUCAUCCCUCUGGACCGUCGCCCUCGAUUCAUCCGACGGGAAAGACACCGUAACCUCCCGCCGUCUCGUCCUCUGUACUGGCUCUACGCCUCUCAACCCCCCUCUCCCCGCCUCCCUUUCGCACAUCACCUCGCUCGACCUCGACGUCUCCCUCUCCCCCACGCGCCUCUCACAGACCCUACUCCCCCUAGGCCCGACCACCAUCGGCGUGAUCGGCGCCUCGCACAGCGCGGUGCUCGUGCUGAUGAACCUCAGCCAAAUCGCGCUGAGCAGCAAACCCGACCUGAAGAUCCUCUGGUUCACGCGGCAUCCCUUGCGUUACGCGGAAUACGACUCCGCGGGCGCCGUCAUCGCGCGGGACAACACCGGUCUGAAAGGCGCGGCCGCCGUCUGGGCGAAGGAGAACCUCGAGCCGGGAAAUCUGGAGAAGUCGCCGGUGGGAAGCGUCCUCGAGAAAAUCGCGUACCAGAAGGGAGAUGAGGAGAGUGUGUAUGCGGAACACUUGCCGGCUUGUCAGUUUGUGAUUCAAGCGAUCGGGUAUCAGAGGAAUCCGAUUCCGACGGUGAAGGUUGCUACGCAGCAAGGCGAGGGGGGAGAAGUCGUCACGCCGGUGUUCGAUCAUGACAAGGGGGUCUUCUUCCGUGGCGGGGAGAAGAAGGAUGUGAUUCCCGGGUUGUUUGGCGCGGGGAUCGCGUUUCCCGAGAGGAUUGUGGACAAGAAGUAUGGCCACGAGGAGUUUAAUGUGGGGUUCUUCAAGUUCAUGAAGGCGGUGAAGAAGUGGAGUGGGGAGUGGAUCAAGGCUUGA